AUGUCUGGAAUCGGACCUAAUCUGAAUCUUCAUAGACCCGUGCUAAGAUACACCAAAGCAGCAACGGUGUUGUCGGAGGAGAGCGGAUGUGUGUCCGCUCGAGCGGAGGUUAGAGAAAUGAAAGAGCAGAUUGAAAAUGGCAGCUGGGAAGAGGCCCUCGAGAGUUUGGAAAAAAUAGAGAUUUGUGAUGAGAAAGUGAAAAAAGAAGUUGCAUUUGAUAUCAGGGAGGAAGAAUUCCUGGAGUCCCUACGUGGAUAUCUCUGGUCAACCCAAGCACCCGAUGGAGGAAGGGUGGAUGGGGCGGAAGAUGCCGUCAGAGCCCUUCAAAGCAUGGCUGAUCUCGCGGAAGGAGAGGAUGAGCUGAUGCUUAGCGCAAGGCUACAUGAUAAUGCUAAGUAG